AUGGGUGAGAUGAUCAUGUCAUACGAACCUUGGGAUUAUCUGAAUUCCAUUUUGCGAUUCAGGGACGAUGACUCCCAAUUCUGGUGGGAUAAAACGGGAAUGAUGUUUUCAAAGCUCCUCAAGUACGCCGGAUACAGCACGUCAGAACAAUACCGCGAACUCAACUUUUACUCUCUUUUUGUCGCCCCUGAGCUUGGCCCUUCCCCAGACUCUCAGGGCAAUGUAAGGAGAUGGAAAAGUCCCGGAACACCAGACUCGACCCCCAUCGACUUCAGCUGGGAGUGGGGCUGCGAUAAUCGCGCCGUGAUUCGAUACUCCUUUGAGCCCAUUGGUCUUCACGCAGGCACAGAUCUAGAUCCCUUGAAUCAGUACGCAACAAACGACUGGAUUUUCAAGCUUCAGCAGCAGAACAUGGUCCCCGGCCUCGACCUUGACUGGUACAAUCACUUCACGGACCAGAUUCUCCCUCGCGGCAACCGGACGAAGACGGUAGAUCGCUUCAUAGAAGAGACGACACCAAAAGCCGGAACCGUGGUGGCACUCGACAUCGAGAAGAGCGGCCCGGUCAUGAAGAUUUACAUUUACCCCGGCCUGAAGGCUGAAGAGCUUGGCAUCACAAACCUUGAGUUGGUAGAACAGUCAAUUCGCAACCUGCCCGCCGAACAAUUCCAGUCCCUAAGUGCCGAACCCCUUUUUGAGUUUCUGAGAGAGGGCACAAAGAAGUACGACUUCGAAACAGGCAUUUUGGCCAUUGACUGUCUCGCUCCCAAAGAUGCCCGCAUCAAAGUCUACGUCCGAGCAAAGCAUACCACAUUCAAUUAUAUGAUGGACUGCAUCACCCUUGGCGGACGACUCGACAUGUCUGGGGAAGCCAUUGAUGACCUCAAAGACUUCUGGCGAACAUUCCUCGCCGAUGCGCCUGACAUCCUGCCUGCGGAUGCCCCAGGCCGAGCCAGCCCUGGCUUCUAUUACACUCUUGGAAACGGAAGGGAAAUCUCACCAAAGGUCUACAUUUCCCCCAACUACUUCAGUAAGAACGAUGUCGAUGUUCUCGCUCGCCUCCGUCAGUUUUUCUCCUCCCGCCGCACGGACUCGAUGAUGGACAACUAUGAGCAGGCUCUGAAAGACAUCUUUGGAAGCAAGACCCUCGAGUCACGCUGUGGCAGUCACUACUACGUUGGAUGUGCCUUGCAUAAGGGGCAUUUGAGGGUGGUGACGUACCUCAGCCCUCAGUCUUUCGACUGCGAGAAAGACAGAAUUCAGGGCGUGAAAUCGUGA